AUGUCUUCUUACGGCGGCGGCGGCUACAGCUCUCGUGGUGGAGGCGGCGGAUACUCUGGCGGCUACGACCGUAACGGCGGCGGCGGUGGUGGUUAUUCCGGCUCCAAUGGCUAUUCUGGCGGCGGCGGCGGCUACGGCGGUGGAGGCUACGGUGGUGGCGGUGGUGGAUAUGGCGGUGGAGGUGGUGGAUAUGGCGGCGGCUACGGCGGUGGCGGUGGUGAUCGCAUGUCCAACCUCGGUGCUGGCCUGCAAAAGCAGAACUGGGACUUGGACACGCUUCCGAAGUUCGAGAAAUCGUUCUACCAGGAGCACCCCAACGUUGCCGCCCGGUCGCAGGCUGAAGUCGACAAGUUCCGUCGCGACCACGCUAUGACCGUCGCUGGCAACAAUGUCCCAAGCCCCGUCGAGACGUUCGAUGAGGCUGGUUUCCCCCGCUAUGUCAUGGACGAGGUCAAGGCCCAGGGUUUCCCCGCGCCGACCGCCAUUCAGUCCCAGGGAUGGCCUAUGGCGCUCUCCGGACGCGACGUCGUUGGUAUCGCCGAGACCGGUUCUGGCAAGACCCUGACUUACUGCCUUCCGGCCAUCGUUCACAUCAACGCCCAGCCUCUCCUCGCCCCUGGUGACGGCCCUAUCGUUUUGGUCCUUGCCCCUACCCGUGAACUGGCUGUCCAGAUUCAGCAAGAAAUCACCAAGUUUGGCAAGUCCUCGAGAAUUCGCAACACCUGCGUCUACGGCGGCGUCCCGAAGGGCCCUCAAACCCGGGACCUUUCUCGCGGUGUUGAGGUGUGCAUUGCCACGCCGGGCCGUCUGAUUGAUAUGCUGGAGUCGGGCAGGACUAACCUCCGUCGUGUCACUUACCUCGUUCUCGAUGAGGCCGACCGCAUGCUUGACAUGGGUUUUGAGCCCCAAAUUCGCAAGAUCAUUGGACAGAUUCGGCCCGACCGUCAAACCUGCAUGUGGUCCGCUACUUGGCCUAAGGAAGUCCGCGCUUUGGCCAGCGACUUCCUGACUGAUUUCAUUCAGGUUAACAUUGGCUCCAUGGACCUGGCUGCCAACCACCGCAUCACCCAAGUUGUGGAGGUUGUGAAUGAGAGCGAGAAGCGCGACAAGAUGAUCAAGCACCUUGAGAAGAUCAUGGAGGACAAGGAGAGCCAGAACAAGAUCCUCAUCUUCACAGGUACCAAGCGUGUGGCUGAUGAGAUCACCCGCUUCCUUCGCCAGGACGGCUGGCCGGCACUUUCAAUCCACGGAGACAAGCAACAAAACGAGCGCGAUUGGGUCUUGGAUCAGUUCAAAACUGGAAAGAGCCCCAUCAUGGUUGCCACCGACGUUGCGUCUCGCGGUAUCGAUGUGCGCAACAUUACCCAUGUGCUCAACUAUGACUACCCCAACAACUCGGAGGAUUACAUCCAUCGUAUUGGUAGAACUGGCCGUGCCGGCGCUAAAGGCACAGCCAUUACGUUCUUCACCACUGACAAUUCAAAGCAGGCUCGCGACCUCGUGGGUGUUCUCCAAGAGGCCAAGCAGCAUAUUGAUCCUCGUCUCGCCGAAAUGGUUCGGUACGGCGGUGGUGGUGGCAACAGCCGGUAUGGCGGUUAUCGUGGCCGCGGCGGUGGUGGAUUCCGUGGCGGACGUUCUCAAGGCGCUAAUGGGCCUAACGCCAUGCCCAUGGGCAACCGUCGGUGGUAG